UGGCGCCGAUCGAGGUCGGUCGUUUUAUGUCCAAUUUCGAAAGAUUGAAGAUUCAAUUGUUCCCAUCUACUGUUGAGUGUAUCCAUUGUAGUAUGCUGCUUGAAGAAAGAAGAAGAGAGGAUACAGAAUAGGAUGAUGAAUUCGGUCAUCCUUUCAGAAGGUAAGAGAGAAGAAAGAGAGAUGAAGGAAAGUGGUGACACCGAAGGUUCUGAGACUAAUAAAUAUCCUUCUGACAAGAACGAGGACGAGGAGGUAAAUUGUGAGAGCAAGCCUAAAAAUGGAGGGAGCUCCAGCAACAGUACAGUAGAGCAGAAUGAUCAGAGGAGCUCGGCAACUGCUGGGUCCGUCAGACAGUAUAACCGUUCGAAGUUGCCCAGACUCCGUUGGACACCAGAUCUCCACCUUUGUUUUGUUCACGCCGUUGAAAGACUUGGGGGACAAGAUCGAGCUACUCCUAAGCUACUUCUCAACCUGAUGAACAUCAAAGGCCUUACCAUUGCUCAUGUCAAAAGCCAUCUACAAAUGUACAGGAGCAAAAAGAUUGAUGAAGCCGGUCAAGUGAUACCCGAGCAUAGGCACUUUGUGGAAGUUGGGGAUCGCCACAUGUACAACCUUACUCAACUCCCCAUGUUGCAGAGGUUUAAUCAAAGAACUAGUUCCUGCAGUUUCAGAUAUGAAGAGACUUCUUGGAGAGGAAAUGGAAAUUGGAUAUCUUGCGCCCCUUACAUGGUGGAAGCUACAACCAGAUCUGGAUAUCACGGUUCGCUGUCCCGAAGCAACUUCAGCCUCAACAGCGGCAAGCUGACUCCCACUCCUGAUUUCAAUUUGGACAUUUCUCCAUUUGAACAUGCCACUAAGAUAACCCAUGAAUCCCGGGCGCGGUUGUCCCCGUUUCACCAUCCUAAAUCCUGGCAAACCCCAAUCAAUCCAAAUCCAACUGAGACCAACCCCACAACACAAUUAUGGGACAACGGACGGGAGCAAAUGGGUUGUCUGAACAAUAGCAUUAUUCCAGAGGCGAGCUGGAAUAUCACUGUUGAAGAGAAAAACACAGAAAAAAGGAAGGCUUCAGAUUGUAACCUCGACUUGAAUCUCUCUCUAGAGCUAACACCGAGACGUGAUAAAUGCACAAGAAAUUCAGAGGAUGUCGAAGUUGGUAGUAGUUUCUCUCUUUCUUUGUUCUCAUCUUCAUCCUCAAAGCAGUUUAGCAGGUUAAAAGGAGGAGAUGAUAGUAGGAAGCUUGCAAGAAGCGCAAGUACUCUUGAUCUGACUAUAUGAAUGGUGUUCAUUCUCAGUGAGAUGUUGAGGUACUUGUCAAUGAGAAAUGGUAGAUCGUUAUCGAUCCUGUACCAAUAUUAUACCAGGUAAUUGACACCACUUA